AUGGUUCGACUACUCUCCAGUUCCUUCGCGGCGUCUGCGCUCCUGACUGCCAGCCACUUCGUCUCGCCCACUUUGGGAUGCGUUCGAUCCGUCCCUACCAACGGAACAUCGACUUACCCAUUCCCUGAGGUCGGCAGUGACAUCGCAUCUGAUCCAGCCACCACCGGCUACUUCAUCAACCAUCUCUGCCUCAACGUCAUGAACCUCACAGCGAGCAUGGACUUCUACACCGAAAUCUUCGGCCUGCGACACAUCUUUACCCUUCAUGUCUCGGAGCACUUCUCCGUCACGUACAUGGGCCACAGCCACGGCGGCAAGAACGGCACCGGCUACCAGACGGCCGAGGAGCUGAACCGAGAGAAGAACAACGCCGAGGGACUUCUUGAGUUGGUCCACCUCGACACUCCCGACAACAGCCUCCCUGCGUCUACCAGAGUCGCAAACACCUUUGGCCACAUCGGCAUGGUUGUGCCUGAUAUCCUAGCCACCCAGGCAAGACUCGACGCGUACCCCGGUAUUGAAAUCAUCAAGAGAACCGACGACGACCUCAAGGUGCCCAGCGACAUUGCCACUGCCACCAGCCUCUCCCCUGAGAAGAUUGCGCAGCUGUCUCAAGCUGAACGCGAUUUGAUUUUGGGAGUCCUGAUCCCCUUCAAUAAGCCGCUGAUCUUUGUCAACGAUCCCGAUGGCAACUUGAUUGAAAUUCAGCCUCAGGAGGGAGCAGCUCUCCUGUGA